UAGAGCCAUGCGUAUGACGUCAAAAGCAAAAGCAAAAUCCAAGCGUUCAGAUGAGUUAUGAUCAUGUUUAAUUUAAUUUAAUGUCACCUAUUUCGUCCUGUUUCUGAUUAAGCUAAAAGAACACACAACAUCCGCGAAGGUUAUCAAUUUUGCCUUUUUUUGAUUUUGGAUGAAAUAUGGGGUUUUUCAGACAGGUUGGACUUCUGUUGUGGAAAAACCUACUUCUACAGAGACGAAAAGUAUGUGUGACGAUUUGUGAGAUUGUCGUGCCAGUGUCAUUUGCGCUCCUUUUGGUGGUAUUCCGAAUGGGGUUCGAUCGGGAAAACCACCCAGACUCGACAAUAUAUGAGGAACAAUCAUACAAUGUCUACCUAAACGACAUUCUGUUCUCACCAAACAAUGAUUUAAUUAAAGGAAUUAUAGAAGACGUCAAAAAAGGAUUUUCAUUUCAAGUGGAGUCUCACGGAUUCGCUAGCGCAGAGGAACUGGUGCGAUAUCACCAGGAGAACAGCUCGUCACCGCAGUUCGACUUCGGCGUGCAGUUCGAAAACGUCAACCUCCGCGACACUGCACUGCCCAGUCACGUGACCAUCAAGUUCAGACCCGAUAGUUCGAGAAUGAUGUGGAAGACGGACCAAAAUUUCGAUGUCUUUCAAGACAGUACGCCGAGAUUUAUUUCACCCGAUUAUGCUGCACAUAAUUUUUUGAAUGUCCAGUACCUGGUUAGUCGGGCGGUGAUCCGUAAGUGGGACUCUAGUAGAGCGAAGCCAUUCUUCGACGAGUUUGAGGUGAAGGCCAGACGGAUGCCCUACCCAGCGUACACCAGUGACCCGAUGACCAAGACACUGCAGGAUACCUUCGCCAUGUUCAUCGUACUCAGUCUGAUGGUCACUGUUAUACAGACGACGAAGGAACUCGUUCACGAGAAGGAGACAAAGAUAAAGGAAUCUAUGAAACUGAUGGGCAUGCUGUCGGCGCCCCACUGGGUCACGUGGAUUCUAACGUCAAUGAUUAAGAUUGCCAUCGUUUCCGCCCUCUAUAUGGGAAUCCUGAAGUCCAACAUGAGCGACAACGGGCCAGUCCUGACGAACAUCAAUGCGUCACUGUUCCUCGUCUUCAUGCUGUGUUAUGGGCUCGCACUGACAGCCUUCGCGUGCAUGGUCAGCGUCUUCAUUCAGAAAUCUAACGUGGGAGCUGCAGUGGCUGCGGUUUCGUUUUUCGGCCUGUUUGCACCAUGGUUUGUUUUGGAGGAUGAAUACCUAAAAAUUCCACGUCUACGCAAACUGGCCAUGUGUUUUGACUUCAACCUCGCCCUCGCUUUCGGGGUGGUGCCCAUGUCCGUGCUGGAAGGAAUCGGUGUCGGCGCGCAGUGGUCCAACAUCGCGGAACCGGCGUCCGUUGACGACAACUUCAGCAUGCUGGACGCCAUCUGCAUGAUGCUCAUCGACAGUCAAGUCUACUUCCUCAUCACGUGGUAUGUCGACAACAUCUACCCAGGAGAGUUCGGAGUUCCUCGACCGUGGUACUUUCCUCUUACAGUCACGUAUUGGUGCAAUAUACACCCAAGCCACAAAAUUGACCAUGACGACUCAGACAUGCAUGACCCAAAAUAUUUUGAGAGUGAGCCAGCUGGGUUUACUCCUGGGAUUGAGAUACAUCACCUGACCAAAGUAUUUGGAUGGGGAAAUGCAGCAAAUAAAGCUGUAAAUAAUUUGAGCCUCAACGUGUACCGUGAUCAAAUCACUUCACUACUGGGACACAACGGCGCAGGAAAAACAACUACCAUGUCUUUACUAACAGGCUUCUUAACGCCUACAUCCGGCACGGCCAUUGUUAAUGGCUAUGACAUCAACAGCCAGAUCAAGAAGAUUCGCAACAGUCUAGGUCUGUGUCCGCAACACGACGUCCUCUUCGACAACCUCACCGUACUGGAACACCUCCAGUUCUUUGCGGCAUUGAAAGGGAUGCCAAGGAGACACGUGAAGGGUGCAGCGAUGGCCAUGGCUAACGAGGUAGGACUGGCAUUUAAGAAGAAUGAUCUCUCGAAGAAUCUUUCAGGUGGCAUGAAGAGGAAGUUGUCAGUUGGGAUUGCUCUUAUUGCAGGAUCUAAGAUUGUGAUCCUGGACGAACCCACGGCUGGGAUGGACCCGGCCGCCAGACGUCAGAUCUGGACGAUGCUGCAGAACAACAAGCGAGGCCGGACGAUCAUCCUGUCCACUCACUUCAUGGAUGAGGCGGACGUACUCGGCGACCGCAUCGCCAUCAUGGCCAAUGGCAACGUCAUGUGCUGUGGAACGUCCAUGUUCCUCAAAAAACUGUAUGGAACUGGUUAUCACAUGAUUGUGGAGAAGGAUUCCAACUGCAAUGUCCACGAGUUGACCAAAGCGAUCGAGAAGAUCAUCCCGCAGGUGAUACUGGAGAGCGAGAUCAGUGCCGAGCUGACCUACCUGUUGCCCAUGAACCAGUCGCACCUGUUCGUGAGCCUCUUCAACCACGUGGAAGAACACAAGGCAGAGCUGGGCGUGGCUACGUUCGGCGCCACGGCAACCACGAUGGAGGAGGUCUUCAUGAAAGUUGGUGAGCAGGCCGAAACACGUGAUGAUGAAUCUGUUGGUGAGAAACAUUAUCCCAAGAUGACAACCAUUGGCAUUUCCGACGAUAACGACUCCUUUAACGCAAUUCGCCGCGUGGUUCUGAAAACAGGCUGUUCUCUAGGGCGGUCCCGGUUCAAGGCACUGUUCGUUAAGAAAGCUAUAUACACCAAACGAACCAUCCUAAUGGGACUGUUCCAGAUGCUGCUGCCCAUUAGUUUUGCUGUUUUAGCAAUGUUUGUUGAUACAGCUAAUAACACAAAGGAUGCCGAAGUGCCUUCGAUGAAACUAUCCCUGGCACCGUUUGGCAAGACAUCGGUUCCGUACACAUCCGGAGUAACCAGCUCGGAAGAAACGUCCCACUUAGCAGACGUGUACAGCAGCCUGGUUUCGAGAGACCACGAACCCGAUCGAAUUGACAGGAAGAUGUACAGAAACAUCUCAGAUUAUUUCCUCAAGAAAGCAGAGGACAUGGGUCUGGCGAGCUACAACAAACGUGUGAUGAUAGGAGCGGAAUUCGACGAGCGUGCCGGGCCCAAUGCUGGGAUCGUCAGGCGGUACGCCACUGCGUAUUACAACGGUCAGCCCAUUCACACCCUGCCCAUCUCCAUGGCGUACAUCAUGAAUGCCGUCGCCGCCUUCGUAACCAAGGACGACGACCACGGGAUCGUGGCGUACAACAGUCCGCUUCCCAUGGAGAGAGAAUUAGAACAGCGCGAAAACCUGACUUUGGACUUAGUGUCAGGAUUCAUUGUUGCACUGCUGCUCGGCUUCGGGAUGUCCUUCCUGACGGCCAGCGUCGUCUUCUUCCUCAUCCACGAGCGGCAGGUGGGCGCCAAGCACCUGCAGGUAGUCAGCGGCGUCAGCCCGUUCAUCUUCUGGGUCUCCACCUGGGCCUGGGACUACCUGAUCUACACUCUAACCAGCGCCGUGAUGCUGGGCGUAUUUCUCGGAUUCCAGCCCGACGUGUAUGUGGAGUGGUGGCCGAAUUUCGCCAUCGUCGUCGCCGACUUUCUCCUGCAUGGGUGGGCAGUGCUUCCACAGAUGUACCUGGUACAGUUGCUGUUCAAGUCGCCGGCCACGGGACUGACCUGUUGUCUGGUGUUGACCAUCUUCAUGGGUUUGUUAUCACAGGUAGCAUGGCUUAUUCUGCGAAUGCUGCCUGAUGAGCACAAGCAGACGGUUGAAAUCGUCGGGCAUGUCAUGACUGGUCUCAUGCCACAGUUCUGCUUCGGGAAAGCAAUUAUUGAUCUUCGAAUGAACCAAAACGUGUUGGCGGCGUGUGCCAAACUCAAUUACAAGCAACUCUGUUCUCACUCUAGCGGAGCAUGCUGUAAGGGAAACUGUGGCGAUGUAUGUCUGCCAUUCAAUGAGAAUAUCCUCGCCUGGGACCCCCCUGCUGUUGGGCAGCCCUUUGCAGCCAUGGCCGCCCAGGGCGCCAUCUUCCUGGUGCUGUGCAUCCUGCUGGAAUAUCACCUACUGCAGCGACUGCUGUACCUCAUCUGUCCGUCGGGUAGAAUCUCAAAGAAGGGUCUGGAGAAUGAGGACAGCGACGUCGCAGAGGAGAGAAGGCGGAUAACAUCGACCCCUCUGUCUACCUUGCAGGUCACUGACUCUGUGCUGCUGGUGAACCUGUACAAGCGUUACGGACAUUUCGUCAGCGUCGACCACCUCUGCCUCGGCAUCCCGGAGAAGGAGUGUUUCGGACUCCUGGGACAGAACGGCGCGGGCAAGACGACCACGUUCAAGAUGUUGACGGGAGACUUGAUGGCGACGGGCGGAGACGCAUACCUGAAGAUAUUCAGCAUUAAGAACAACCUGCAGAAGAUAUACCAACACAUGGGCUACUGUCCGCAGUUCGACGCUCUCAUUGACGAGAUGACGGGGCGGGAGACCCUGUACAUGUACGCCCGACUCAAGGGCGUGCCUGAGAACCAAAUAAAGGAUGCGGCGGACUACCUCAUACAGAUGCUUGACUUUGGACCUCACGCCGACAAACUGACCAAGCGGUACAGUGGAGGUAACAAGAGGAAAGUGAGCGUGGCCCUCACUCUGGUGGGAAACCCGAGCUUCCUGCUUCUGGACGAGCCGUCUACUGGGAUGGAUCCCAUGGCCAGACGACAACUCUGGAAUGUACUCUCACAAAUUAGACGUUUUGGAAAAACUCUCAUUCUUACUUCGCACAGCAUGGACGAGUGUGAGGCGCUGUGCACACGCCUGGCGAUCAUGGUGAACGGUCGGUUCCGCUGUCUGGGCAACCUGCAGCACCUCAAGCACAAGUUCGGCCAGGGAUACACGCUCAUAGUGCAGCUGGGGUCGCUGCCGAACGGGGACGUGGCUCCCACCGAUUCUCUGGUGAGGUUCGUCAAGGACGAGUUUCCCUCGGCCGUCAUCUUCGACGACCACCAGGGCUACCUGCACUUUCAGGUGCCGGACGCGAACGUGACGGUGGCCAGAGUGUUCGAGGUGAUGGAGACGGCGAAGAAGCAGCACCGUGUCGACGACUACUCCGUGCACCAGACGACGCUGGAGCAGGUCUUCCUGUCGUUCACGCGCGAACAGAAACCACCCACGGAAUCCGAGUCGAAAUGUCUGCGGUGCUGUUCGUGUUGCUGUUGAAGAGAAACACUUCACACACACCGACAUAACCCUUCCAUUUAGUUCAAGCCGAAAUGUCUGCAGUGCUGUUUUUGUUGUUGUUAAUGUUGAAGAGUUUACACGAGAACAGAACACACACACCCACAAAGGUCAAGUUGAUAUGUCUGCAGUGUAGUUCUUCUUGUUAUUAAUGUUGAAGAUUUUAGAAAAGAAGAGAACACACACCCACAAAGGUCAAGUGGAUAUGUCUGCAGUGUAGUUCUUCUUGUUAUUAAUGUUGAACAUUUUAGAAAAGAAAAGAACACACACACACACACACACAAAGGUAAAGUUGAUAUGUCUGCAGUGUAGUUGUUGUUGUUGUUAAUGUUGAAGAUUUUAGAAAAGAAGAGAACACACACCCACAAAGGUCAAGUUGAUAUAUCUGCAUUGUAGUUCUUCUUGUUAAUGUUGAAGAUUUUAGAAAAGAAGAGAACACACACACACAAAGGUAAAGUUGAUAUGUCUGCAGUGCAGUUGUUGUUGCUGUUAAUGUUCAAGAGUUUAAGCGAGAACAGAAACCACCCACAGAAGUUAAGUCGAUUUGUCUACAGUGCUGUUGUUGUUAACGUUAACGAGUUUAGGCGAGAACAUAACACCUCUGUGCCCCGCCUUAUGCAUGGUGUAUCAAACAUUCGCACAUAUCUGUGACGUCAUCGACCACUUGUCACCAUCGAAGACUUCAUGCGCAAACAGAAACCGCCUACAGAGGGCAAAUCGAAAUGUCUGCACAGCUGGUGUUCAGGCGAUAACAGACGACCUGAUCUUCAGCAAAUUAUGUGGAACAUUCCCAAAUAUAUGUGGUGUUUGUGAA